ACAAUGUCCAAUACAAAGGUGCAAUUACGUAUGCCACAGCAGGACCUGAAAUGUAGGAAUGGUUGUGGCUAUUAUGGUUACUAUCAAUUUGAAGGUUUAUGUUCCAAAUGUUUUCGUGAACGCAACGACCAAAGGAAGAAAUUGGAUCAAGCGCGAACCGCAUCCACGGUAGCGGCAUCAACCACAUCAAGUGGUCAACGACAUCAUGAUGCAGUUGCAUCGGUUUCACCCAGACAUCAAUCACAACAAAAAGCCGUGGCAGGCAGCCAUCAUCAGAAAAAAACCGAAACCCCGGUUGAAAAUAUUAGCAAUACCCUGACUAAAAAGAAAUCAUUGGUGCCAUCCCUGGUUAAAUCGUUGACACUACAACCCAGUAGUCAAUCGUUGAAGAAACAAUCACGACAACAACAACAUCAGCAGCAGCAACGAAGUCACCAUCAUCACAAAGAUUAUGUUCCUGAUCCAACAGAAGCUCAAUUCAUUUUAAAAUUACGUCAAUUGCGUAUACCCGACGAUGGGAGAGCUAAAUUAAAAAAUGAAAUACAACGUCUCGACUAUGAUAUACGUUCAUAUCUGCAGGGUAACAAUACCAAAAACAUUGAUGAACUCUCGGAAUUGGUACAAAAUGCCUACAGUAAAUUUUCCGAUUUGGUACACAAUGAUGCCAGUUUUCAAAUUGCCACCAAUGAAGAUCGUGAAAUGGCCAUUGAUUUUUUCGAAAAGGUCGUAAUGACAAAAAAUCACAAAUUCCUUUUUAGUCCAUAUUUUACCACGGACGAAGAAAACGAUGUUAAAGUACAAAAACGUAUUAGGCAACUAAGUUGGAUAACAGCUAAGCACUUGGCCUGUUGCAUUGAUGAAGUAAAUGCUGAAUCAAGGGAAUUGGUUUAUAAUGCUAUUACAGAACUUGUUGGCAUCGAUUCAUUUUACUCUCCUCAAGAGAAACUCGAAUGUACGGUGCGUUGUUGUCGUCACAUUUUCGAAUUGCUCAAACAUUCAGUGGGCGGACCAGCAAGUGCCGAUGAAUUUCUACCAGCUUUAAUUUUUGUAGUUCUUAAGGCUAAUCCCGUACGAUUGCAUAGCAAUAUUAAUUUUGUGACACGUUUUACAAAUGCCUCACGUUUGAUGAGCGGUGAAGGUGGUUAUUAUUUUACAAAUUUGUGUUGUGCCAUUUCAUUUAUUGAAAAUCUAACAGCUCAAAGUUUAAGCAUGGAUCAGGAAGAAUUCGAUAUGUUAAUGUCCGGUUCGAAACCAUAUAGUACACCGUGGGAAAGCGCUUUAAUGGCUUGUGAAAGUUUACAUUUAAUAUCGGAAAAUAUGAAACGUAUGGAAAUGUUAAAUACCCGUAAUCAGAAUAUUAGCAAGGGCAUUGCGCAAUUUAAUGAGGAUUUAAAGGAGUUUAAGCUUGAAAUUACCAGCAAAGUUGAAGCGGUACUGGCCAAAGCUCCACUAACAAUUUUGGAUAUAAAAACCCCAGAAUUUUUAAUACCCAAAGCAAGAGCCCAUUUGGAAAAGGACCAAGAACAAUUACAACAAAUUGCCCGAGUUUUAGGUGGCCAUUAUCAACACAAUUUAAUAUCCGCCAUAGAUUCGAAUAACAAAUAUUCGGCAACUACGACAUCCUUACACGAAGCAAAGCAAUUAAAUCCAAAAGUAUUGCCUUUGCCACUGACACCACAACGUGUGGAACCGAAUUCUUCUCCCAAAAAGGGAAUUUCCAGCGAUGAUAGCUUCCUGCAGACAUCGACACAAAGUCAUUAUUUAAGUGCCACAGAUAAGAGUAUGGCAAAAAUGCCCGGUCGUCUAUCGCCACUACCACCACCCGUAAUGUCUAAUCAAUCGAAUAAUGAUCUUCUAUUUGCCUCUCCCAUAUUCAAUUACACCCCAUUUGAUGACCGGUCACAUUUAAUGCCCGAUGAUUUAUUAUUAACUACAGAUGAUUUAUUAUUAACUGCAGAAUUUCGUGGUGGUCUUACAAAUAUCAAUUAUGAUUUUGAUCUUUCGGAUAAUAGUAAUGAUAAUAGCACAGCGGAAGAUGUUAAAAUUAAUUUGGCCGAAUUUGAUCCAUUGGCUGCAAGUGAGGCGGCAGCAACAACAGCGGCGACAACAUUGGCAUCUUUUAAUGAACGACCCAAUUAUACACCAAGUCUCCUAGAUGAUUCACCGGCCAAUGAAUCACGUUUACCAUCACCGUUAAAACCCAUGGUUACAGAUUAUCGUGGGUUCUCUUCAUUUGAAAUACCAUCUAUAUCAUGUAACACUGGCGACUUUAGUUCACUCAAUCAUAGUGUUAAUGAUAAUAAUGCCGAUAAUGUAGAAUCAUCAUUGGAAAACAAGCAGAAAUAG